AUGCCUCGGCCGCGACCCUCUACAGAAUCCUCGUGCACACUGGUCAGGAGACGACGACCCACUAUGCUCAACCCCGCAGUUUUGGUAGUCUCCGUGAUAUUCUUGCUGCAACAAGCACUGCCGGCCACGGCGAAGAAACUGCGCGGUCAACUGUCGCCUUCCGAAUUGGCCAAGAGAGACCGCGAACGACGCAAGGCAGAACAAUGUCUACCCGCCAACCAAGAGUUUUGCGGCAAUGGCCAAGGGACGUUGGUGUGCGAAUUCAACGACGACACGAGCUAUUAUGCCUCUCGCUGCGUCAAAAAGAACAGCUAUGCCAAGCAUGUUGCAUUGCACGAAAAGAACUACUGUGGCGCCUGUCACAAGUGCUUCCAGAAUGCCAAUGAACUCCAAAGUGCCGUACACAAAUACGUGGUCAAUGGCACGGCCGAAACAUCCAUUGCCAAAAUCUACGGGUGGCCCAUUGGCAGUUGGUGCGUCGAUCAGGUGACGGACUUUUCCCAACUCUUUGCCGGAUUGCACGACUUUAACGAAGACAUUGGUGGUUGGGAUGUUCGACGAGCCACGACAAUGGCUGGAAUGUUUAUGAACGCCUUUCAGUUUGAUCAAGAUUUGAGUGAUUGGAAUACGGAACGAGUCAAGGACAUGUCCUUGAUGUUUGAUCGAGCGUACAGCUUUUCUGGAUCUGGAUUGAGCCAAUGGAACACGUCGCGCGUGUCCACUCUGCAACGCACCUUUCGGAUUGCCAAAAAGUUCUCGGAGGAUUUGAGUGCAUGGAACACUGCUCAAGUGACGGACAUGUCGCUGUUGUUUUAUCGAGCGGAAUCCUUUGACCAACCCAUGGCAAAUUGGAAUGUCGAACAGGUUACCGACUUGAGUUAUUCCUUUGCAUUUGCUAGGGAGUUUAAUCAAUCCUUGGCCAGCUGGAGGACGACCUCGGCAACCACUACACGAGGAAUGUUCCAGUCGGCAGACUCGUUCGCUCAGGAUUUGAGAGGAUGGGAUGUGGCGCGGGUUACUGACACAUCAUACAUGUUUUCCAAUGCCCUAGCAUUUGACCAAAACAUAAAUUCCGAAGAGCUGUUGCAGACUUGGAACAUGAGCCUUGUGCGACACCGAGACCAAAUGUUUGGAGUCAUUGCGCCCUCCUUCAACCAGACAUCUACCCAUCCGACCGGUAGCGAGCAAGUGCUGACAGCACAAGCUACAAGUGCAAUGGGACGACGUGAUCAGUCCAUUUCUUCCUUCUAG